CGCCACACCACUUAGAUUUUCGAAACGCCGGAGCUUGAAUACGGAUCGCGGACGGAUGCCAAUACCACAAUCUACAAUAGUCACUCCUCGUACCGUACGUACCGGUAGCGUAAUUCGUACGUACUUGAUACGAAAGAUGAUUUCGGGGAGAGAAGACGUCUCUGCCGCAGCAGAUCUCCAAGAUUGUAUUGUUGUCUUGAAUUAUACAAUACAGCAACAGCGAUAAAUUACAACCGCCACAAUGAUGAACAGAAAGAAUAUCGUUGCCCUCUUGGCUUUGGCCUGCAUCCAAGACAGCGUGAAUGCCGAUUUCCGUGGAUCGAAGAUUGGUGCCAACCCGAACCCGAACAACACCAUCAAACUUUCCCCCAAGGUAGGAGCAAAAGCAGAAAGAGCCCGCCAGAGACAACUCAUGACCAUCACGUUCCCAAUGAAGACGAACAGGCCAACAAUGAGACCAAUGAAGACGAGCAGGCCAACAUUUCCCAACGACGGGGGAAAGGCAUCGGGAAAGGCAGCCCCACCAAACAUGAUGAACAACAUGAUGAUGAACGACAUGAUGAACAACAUGAUGAUGAACGACAUGAUGAACAACAUGAUGAUGAACGACAUGAUGAACAACAUGAUGAUGAGCAUGAACAUGAUGGGCAUGAUGAUGAACACACCCGCGCCAUCCGCUGUUCCAUCCGCUGUUCCAUCACAGUUCCCAACGCCUGAAGGCUCGGAUGAGACCUCCCAGGAAGACUCCCAGGAAGACUCCAACGAAGACACAGAACAAACCACAGGGUAAUAACUGUGAGUUGACUUGAAAUCGAAUCUAAAAUCGAAUCGAAUCUCAAACGAGCCAACCAACAGAUGGCAAACAAACAAGACAGAUGAAGCUACAAAUAAUGAAACAAUUAAGGAAUACUGUUACGAACCACGAUAACUAAAUCUAGACGGGGACGAAGGAAACCGAAUGCUCGAGCCGGGCAGAAACCCUUGUCUCGGUCGGUGUCUUCUGUCUCGUCCGCAUCGACAUGGACACCGACACCGACUGCCCGCUUUCCUUGUGCCGGGGGUUGUGUUGGGUGUGUGUUCCCCGCUGCGGUGGGUCUUGCAAUUGCAAUUGCAACCGCAACGGCUCUGACCCCUGGCGUACUGCAGGGGUCAUGAUUCUGACCAAUGGCGUACUGCACGUACUGCUCGUCACCGAGCUCCUGCGCGCGGCGUCUAUCACAUUUCGCAAAGAAGCCGGAGAACGGAGAACGUCAACAGUGGAAGUCAGAGAACAGACAUCGUACCUCCCUGUGAAUAAGUUCACGUUUGGAAAAACAAAAAAAUGAAUGGCUCUGCGGGCAUUCCCAAAGCGAAACAAUUCGAAUGGAGGCGGAACGAGUUGUACCGUACCGUGCGAUGCGUAUGCUCCGACGUGACUGCCACGACAGGAAUCAGAAUUUCGGUGUCAUGGCCGGAGAGCGGCAGGCCACUACUGUAGGAUACGUACGACUGGGAACGAGUACCAGGUAUGGAACGAAUAACUUGUACCUCAUCAAAUCGAAUCGAAUCGAAUCGAAUCUCCUUCGAGAAAACCCCAAAAUCGAUGUCAUCGUUCUUCAAUAUGUAUUUCGACACGGACGUCACGGGUUUCGAUUAUCGCUAUAAUAAACUAUUAUUUUGCAGUAAAUGGAAGUCUUUUCUUGAUUAUUGCGAUCAACUGACAACUUCUAAGGCAUACUUUAUUAAGUGAGACCCCUUACGAUGGUUAAUGCAGUUCAUCACAGAACACAUGCUCACCACAAAUAGCAAUGUCGGACAGUUCUCAAUGGGUCUUGUUCUUCAAGAAUCGUGUUGGCGCAUCACUCAGGGUCAAAGUAAUAUUUAUCUUCCAAAUGCUCUAUUGCUUUUAGUUUCUCUUACUAGAUAUAGCACGGCAUGCGAGCUAUCAACCGACGUCAAUCAUAAAAACACCCAAGUAACCUCAUAUUAACGUUUUUCGUAACGUGUCAUGUCUUGACUUCGUUCCGCAUGCAUUGUACUGUACUGCACGAGAUUCGUACCGGUACUGCAUUAAAGAUCAAAAAGGUCUGCUGCAUUAUUUGUAGAAUGCAAACGGGUCCCUGGCGUUCGCUUCCUACAAUAGGAAGCAUGCGCGUGCCAUCCUCGUGGGUGUUCUCAGAUUCUUGCUUCCCAGGUUUUCGCUGUGGGAACCAUUCCCCUUUGUGUGUUGUGCGUGAUCGAAGUUGAUGUGCCGUGUGCGUCAGCGUACGCACGCGAUCCCAUCGAGGAACAGCCUCGUUUCUUUCUCUUCAGGAGCUGAUGGAGGAAUCGAAUCGAAUCCGUCCAUCCAUGGAAUCUUGACAUUGCCUGUGCCCUAGUUUGUGAAUUUGUGAUUUGUAAAGGUUUGUGUUUUAUAACUGCGUUGAGUAUUAAUAUUUUACAUUGACGUGCAAUCUAUUUCUAAGUCUGUAGCUAAUAUCUAAAUAUAAUUUCUCGAAAGCCGUUCGUUCGAGCCAGUGGAUUGGUCUGUUUGUUUUUUUCUUUUCUUGGAUGGUUUGCAAAUAAUGUAUAUGCAAAAAU